UCAAUAGCAAGAUUUUUUGCUGAAAAUUUUGGUAGUAACUUUGGUGGUAAUAUAAGUAUUCCUUUAGGUGAAAGUCUCAUAAACAUAGAUAACAGUGAUACAACAGAUUUCCUAAGUUCUCAGUAG